CUUGAGACUGCACAGCAGUCAACUACAAUGCCGGCCCUCUCCUCCAGUGUUCCAUAUGAGGAGAUGAAGAGCCAGUGUGAAGCUCUUGUGAUUGGGAAGCAGCAGAAGAUGUCAGUCCUCCGAAGCUUCAAGAGUCACAGAGAUGACUCAGAAAUAAGCUUAUCAAAUGAUAAUAAGAAUCACCUGUCAACCAAACCCAUGCUUACGCUGCAACUCGCUGAGGCUGACCAUAUAUCAUCAGAGGACAUUAAAAGUUCAAUUACAAAAUCUAUUGAGACUGAGCAGCCAUUUAGGCUUCCACCCUCAAGCCCAUAUGACAAGUUUCUAAAAGCUGCAGGAUGGUGAGAACUUAAAUAUGUUUGGCUCUAAACAAAGGUAAGAAAUGAAGUUUCCGAUUUGCUUGGCAAGCAUUCUAUUUUUUUUCCUAUAAUUUGCACAGCUGUUACUGUUAUUUUAAUAGGAUCAAAACGGUUAUAAUUCUCUGAGAGGUAAAUAAGGACUUUGUUGAGGGUAUUGGUUUUAUUUCUUAGUUCUUUUUGUAUGUCAGAUGAUCUGAUAGUACAGAAAUGAGUAUCUUUUCAAGCGAGUAAUGAUUUGAAUUCCUUCAAAUUUACAUUUACACAUAUAGAAAUGUUGAUUUGAUUAUAAUGCUGCGGUUGUAACCGUUACUUUUUCAAUUCAGAAAUAGGAUCCAUCUGUCCUCCAGGGCUGAUAAAUUGCAUUGAAGUCUCUAUAUGUAAGUUUUAUUUAUAAUUCAUUAACAUUUUAUGU